UGUCGCGGACUUGCUAAUUAUGCAUCCUCAGCUCUCCAUUUGGAUACUUGUUCUUGGCAUGGUGUUUUCUGAUUUACUGGUUGUCACACCUGCCGUGGAGUACACACCAGAUGGACUGGAAAUCCGGAUGAACACAACCUGUCGUCAGAUUGAUAUUGAAUGUCCGUACAACCAUAGUAUAGAGAUAUUGUCGAAGCUGGAUGGCGCCAAAACCUACCACUGUCCGAAUACUGAGCCAGAGUGCUGCUCUUUCAACGAGACAACGGACUGUUACCAGCCCACCACACCAGGGUUGUUAAGAUUUCAGCGCCAGGUGUGUGAAAACCGAACUACUUGUACUAUAUACUUACCCGGUGGAAUAUCGGUAGGGUGUGCCAUCAGCCAGUAUGUGGUUGUCUCCUACGUGUGUCAAUACGGAGGUCCUACCACUUUACCUAGCACAACACUUCCACCAACUCGACCUGCAGUCCAGAAAACAGAAGUAAACCUUCUUGCAGCACUGAUUGCCCCCAUCGUCGUCGUGUUCGCUUUGGUCGUUAUUAUUUUGCUAGUGAUUUACUACAGAUAUUAUCGAGGGCAUAAGGACCUCCUAGAAGCCGACAAAACCCCUUCCUCUGUCACCCAUCUUAGGAUGAAGGUGGACAAAUCACAAGCCCGAGUGAAGACGGCGCCGAGGUUCAAGCUGGACACGGGAUUGUCAGGGCACGGAUUAGGGCUACACGGCUCGAAAUGGUCAAAGAGCAAUAUCGACUAUCGAAAGUUUGGAAACUCCGAGUUACACUCACAGUAUUCCUACGCGCCCACCGGAAACAUAUGGAAACAGGCAAAUUGGAUGACAUCACUGUCAAGCCCGAAUCAUAUUUAUAAAAAGAGGAGAGACGACGACAAAGUGAGUAGGGCGCGAUUCCUGAUGGCAGCGAGGGAUAGAGAUUUAGAUAGCUUGGGCUUCGAGGACGACCUGGGCUUUCCUGAUAUCAGCAUAUUUUCUAUUGCUCAAGCGAGACAAAGCCCAGACAGUGGCCUAGAUAACCUCGGAUACAUAUUGCCUGUAAUUCAAGACCCGCCAGCAGCGGAAUCGCCGGCGCUACAUCGUCAUUCUCCGGCGCCUCACCGCAGUUCUCCGGCACCAGUUCGGAAUUCUCCGGCACCGGCUCUCCGCAUGGCGGCAUAUCACCGCAAUUCUCCAGCAUCGGCUCGUCAUUUGGCGGCAAAUCACCGCAGCUCUCCGGCACCAGUUCGAAAUUCUCCGGCACCGGCUCUCCGCAUGGCGGCAUAUCACCGCAAUUCUCCAGCAUCGGCUCGUCAUUUGGCGGCAAAUCAUCGCACAUCUCCAGUGCCAGUUCGACAUUCUCCGACACAACCUCUGUAUUCACCGGCGCUGAGCUCCAACCCUGCGACACCUCGUCCAUCUCCCGUGCCGCAUCACCAUCAUUCUCCACAGGGUGCGCUUGACGUGGAGAGAUUAUUUCAACAACAACGUGAUGCAGUCUUUCAAACGUCGCUCAGCCCCGACGAUGCCUUAAGGCGACCUCAGUUCCGCCAGCCAACAGAUCAAAGGCGACGCUACGACUCUGGCAUCAUUCCUGAUCAUGACCCAGUUUCUAAUUGGACGAUACCCACAAGCCCCAAUAGUGCCUUCCAACCACAUCAAAGCAACGAUCAUUCCGACGAAACAAACGAUGCUUUUAGCAAUUUGAGCUCAACUAUUGGUACAGAAAUGCUAUACUGA